AUGGAGAUUCGGGAUCUCCCAACUUGUCUUCAAGAUUGGGAGGACCUUAAAAAGGAAUUCAAAGCUUUCGAGGCUUUGAGUAAAGAAUACGAAGGAAAAUUAGAAGAAUUAGGGACUUUACAAGGGAAAUGUAUAAAAGAAUGGAAUCAUCAAUCCUACAGGUUGAAUCUUAUAAGCAAAGGAAUCAACAAAUUGAAAAAAGAAAUGAAAAAUGAAUCGGAUCCAACAUUGGAUGAUUUAUCGAAAAAAGUUGAUAGAAGACUUUUGCAACUUCGCGAUAUCGAACAGACAUUACCAAGAGCGAGUAAUGGAACUUAUUUGAAAAUUAUUUUGGGAAACGUUAACGUUUCCAUACUCAACAAAAACGAUAAGUUUCGUUACAAAGAUGAAUAUGAAAAAUUUAAAUUGGUACUUAGCAUAAUUGGACUUUUACUUUCUGUACUUAAUUUAAUUGUUGUCUGGAGAUCAUUGGAAUUAAUUUUUUUAUUCUUGCUCGUUUGGUAUUAUUGCACUCUGACAAUAAGAGAAAGCAUAUUAAAAGUAAACGGUUCGAGAAUCAAAGGUUGGUGGAGGAUGCAUCAUUUUAUAUCAACUUUUGCUGCCGGUGUAUUAUUAAUAUGGCCGAACACGACUCCGUGGUAUUAUUUUAGGGGACAAUUCAUGUGGUUUAAUUGUUACAUUACGUUCGUUCAAUAUCUGCAAUUUAGAUAUCAGCAAGGGGUUCUCUAUCGUUUAAAGGCUUUGGGAGAAAGGCAUAACAUGGAUAUAACGAUAGAAGGUUUUCACAGUUGGAUGUGGAGAGGAUUGAGUUUUCUUCUUCCAUUUUUAUUCAUCGGUUACAUCUUCCAAUUGUACAACGCAAUAACGUUGUAUCAUUUAUCUUUUCAUCCGGAAGCCACAUGGCAGAUUCCAGUUUUGUGUGCCACGUUUUUAACAUUAUUUUUAGGCAACACUAUAACAACGUGCAUGGUCAUACCACAGAAAUUUAGUAAAAAAUUAACGGCCGUUAACGUUCAUUCAUCAAAUUCAGAUAAAGAAUCAAAUUCAAUGAACAAAAAAUCGGAAUGA